ACUGCUCUGCACGAAGCUGCCUCCCGCGGCUUCUACGACCUCUGCCUCCUCCUCCUCUCUUACGGCGCCCAGAUCGACCCGCUAGACAUGCAAGGCAACUCACCCUUACAUCACGCUUCUGCUAACGGCCAUCACGCCUGCGUACAUCUCCUCAUCGAAAAGGGCGCCAAUUUUGGC